UAGCUCCCACCACUCCCAUCUCUGCAGCUCCACAGCAACCAGCGCCGCCGCAAAACAAGAGCAACCACCGCGAAAAUGGGUCGCGUACGCACAAAGACGGUGAAAAAAUCCUCCCGCCAGGUAAUCGAGAGGCACUACUCGAAGAUGACGAUGGACUUCCACACCAACAAGAAGAUUCUAGACGAGGUAUCCACAAUCCCCACGAAGCGCCUCCGCAACAAGAUCGCCGGAUUCUCGACCCAUCUGAUGAAGCGGAUCCAAAAGGGACCCGUUCGCGGCAUCUCCCUCAAGCUCCAGGAGGAGGAGCGCGAGCGCCGCAUGGACUUCGUCCCCGACGAGUCCGCCAUUAGGGUUGACCGCAUCGAGGUUGACCAGGAGACCGUCGACUUGUUGGAGUCCCUCGGCAUGAAGGACCUGCCAGGUGUCGUCCUCAGAGAGGACCACGGCCCCAUCGGUGCUGCGCCGCCCGUCAACUACGGCCGCGGUAGCGGCCCUAGGCGGUAUUGAGAAAGAUGAGUUUUUUUUUUUUUUUAAUUUUUUUUAAAGGUUAAUAUGCUGUUUUGGGUUUUUAAUUUUAGUUUUGAUGGGGAAUUAUAAAUUGUGUUGCAUUUUUUAGAAAUUUGAGACUAAUGAUUAAUGUGUUCGAAAAAAAAGUUUUUAUUUUAUUUUAUUGUGAUUGAUUUUUGGUUGA